UUACAAUGGGCACUCUGCCAUCUACUGUUGCCUCUUUAGAGUGAACCUGUCGAAGGUCAGCACUUGAAGCAACUGCAGUAAGAAUUAGCUGGAGUGGAGAGAAGAUGACAUAUUGAGCUGUAUGCUUUGUGGGAGCCUGUCACAAAUGGCUCUUGGAGUGACUUUUUCCAGGCAUGUCCUUAGGUGGUUUGUGCUUCCACAGUCCACAUGGCACAAUUGGCAUUUUGGAGAUCCAGCGCUCUGUUCAGGAUGGUGCAGGGUACCUUUGUAGUGGAGCUCAAGUGGAACAAGCCUCCUGGGAAGUCAGUCGUAAAGGUCGAUCGCUCACUUGAGACGUCGGAGUUCUCCUAUGGCUACACAGGCUGAUCCGGGCUGCCAUCAGCACCCCAUGCGAGAUUCCAUAUUCAAGACAUGAGGCUGUGAACACUUUUUCCUCCUUGUCUAUUUACAACAUGGGCGCUAAUACCAGCAGCGUAACAGAACUUGCAGAAAACGAGAACUUGAGGAAGCUAACUGGUACCGAGCCUAUUUCUGAGAAUGACCCCUUCUGGAACCAGCUGAUCUCCUUUUCAUUUAUCAGCCCCACUAACAGCGAAGACGCAAAACAUCUAGAAGAAACUGCCACCAUUCUUUCAAAGCUGUUAAUUGAGAACAAUCCAAGAACUGGCAAUUUCAGGGCCCUUGUCAAAGUGUUUCUCAGCAGAACCAAAGAGUUGAAAAUCUCCACAGAAUGCCAAGAUCAAUUGUUUAUUUGGCAAGCCCACAAUGCCUUGUUCAUGAUCAGAUGUUUAAUAAAGGUGUUUGUGGGCCUAAUGCCAGAAGAAGAGCUGCAGUUACAGUUUACGUACCAGGAGAGGGCACCAGGAACCUGUGAUGAAGAAGGAGAUCUUCUGGAGGAGAUGAUCUGUAACCUUGUACAUCUUAUUACAGAAGUACCCUUAUUGGACAUCACAUAUAAUAUCCUCUUUGAGGCUGUGACUACUUUGCUGACAUUACUGUCCUACCAACUCUUCCAGAAGGAGAUCCUGAGAGAGAACGUUAUUUACAAAUACCUUUCACAAGGUCAAUGCCUUUCUCUGACCAGUAGGCUUGUAAAGACUUUGUUGUAUAAUUUCAUCCGACAAGAGAAAUGCCCAUCUCCUGUUGCCCACAUUUUUCAGCCACAAACAGAAGGUGCCGGGUUACUUUAUGGACUUGCGUCGGGUGUUGCCAGUGGUCUUUGGACAGUUUUUACAUUAGGGGGAGCUGCAAGUAAACAAAGCCCUGAGAAAGAUCAUCCACUUCCAUUGCCCAAUCAGAGCCUUUUGUUACUACUUGUACUGGCCAACUUGCCUGAUGGACCGGAUACUCCUAACCCUUACAAGCAGGCCAUUAUGUCCUUCAGAAACACACAAGAUAGCUCUUCACUUCCCUCUCCUAAUCCACAUUCUUUCCAGAUCAAUUUUAACAGCCUUUAUACAGCACUGUGUGAUCAGCAGAAAUCUGAUCAAGCCACCCUACUUCUGUACACGUUGCUUCAUCAGAAUACUAAUGUCAGGACUUACAUGCUUGCUCGGACCGAUAUGGAAAAUCUAGUGAUGCCCAUUUUGCAGAUUCUCUAUCAUGUAGAAGAGAGAAAUUCACAUCAUGUGUAUAUGGCACUCAUCAUUUUGUUAAUUUUGACGGAAGAUGAUGCAUUUAAUCGAUCAAUUCAUGAAGUGAUUUUAAAAAAUAUUACAUGGUACACAGAGCGGGCCCUGACUGAAAUUUCCCUUGGGAGUCUCUUAAUUCUGGUGGUCAUCCGCACUAUUCAGUUCAACAUGACAAGAACAAGGGACAAAUAUCUUCAUACCAACUGUCUGGCGGCAUUAGCCAACAUGUCUGCUCAAUUCCGCUGUCUUCACCAGUAUGCAGCUCAGAGAAUUAUCAGUUAUACCUGCUGCCAAAUGCGGAGAUACUUGUAUAUCUUGGAUACAAUGUAUUUCCCCCACUCCCAUUGCACUACGCUGCAGCAGUGUUUCGCAUCCCUGGGUGACACGGGAGAGGAGCUCAUGCACUUUACUUGCUCUUACAUUCUCAGGUCCUAUGCUUCCAGUUUAUUUGCCCUUUUGUCUAAAAAACACAACAAAGUUCUGGAACAAGCUACACAGUCUUUAAGAGGGCCGUUUGCCUUGGAUGAAAACUCUUCACUUCCAGACUAUGCCCAGGAUUUAAAUGUAAUUGAGGAAGUGAUCCGCAUGAUGUUGGAAAUCAUCAAUUCCUGUUUAACCAGCUCUCUACAUCACAACCCCAACCUGGUUUAUGCCCUUCUCUAUAAACGUGAACUAUUUGAGCAGUUCAGAACCCAUCCUUCCUUUCAAGAUAUCAUGCAGAAUUUGGAUAUGGUGAUUGGCUUUUUCAGCACCCGACUUGAGCAGGCUGGGACAGACCUAUCCGUGGAACGUGUGCAGGAGGUUAUCAAGCAAGGUGCAGUGGCUUUGCCAAAAGACCGCCUUAAAAAAUUUCCAGAGCUGAAAUUCAAGUACGUGGAAGAAGACCAGCCAGAGGAGUUCUUCAUUCCUUACGUGUGGUCACUGGUGUACAGCUCCGGAGCGGGCUUGUACUGGAGCCCACCGAGCAUCGAGCUCUUCACCAUGGACUCCGGCUGAGGGCCUCGAGGAGUGAAAAGAAACGCCUGACCUCCUGGGAAGCACAGCAUGCUGAGAAGACUGCCACCUAGCUGUAGGUUAUUGGAUAGACUCCUUUUAAAAUGAAAUGAUUUAGGCCGCUUAAACUCGUCAAGCCAUGUUGUUAGAUAAAAACAGGUAACUAUAUCUACAUUUACAUAUACCUUAUAUGUGUGUGUGUGCGUGUGUCUGUCAGUGUGUGUAUAAUACACACACACAUAUACACACUGAAUAU